AUGAGGCUUAGUCUAGUCGAGCAAGAAGAGGUCAUGAGGGAGUUUGGCGACCCGGUGGAGUUCAUACGGAAAUACAUAGAUGUUUACGAAAGGCAGAGGUGCGUGCCUGUGAAGGUGUUCCUGGAGGAUGUUUCGUACUACGAGAGAUUUGAGCCGAGAUUUCUUGACCUGGUGCUCAAGCGCGCGCUCUCUGAAGAAUCUGCGGAUCUGAACCUUCCGGAGGUUGAGGCGCUGCUGUGCAGUUUCCGUGAGAAGGAGUUUUACGACGAAAGGUUCUAUCUUGAGUCUACUCUGGUGCUCAUCAAGGGAAUAGCUAUACUGGUGGACAGAGUCGACCAGGAGGUGCAGAGAAACGACUUCCGCAACCUGCGGUAUCUGUACUACUACACAGACGAGGCCAUCGACCUGACGCGGAUUCUUGUUGGCCCCUAUACCAGAUAUGUCGAGGAUCCACAGGUCUUGGUCAGCAAGAUGCCUGAGCUCCGGAAUGCAGUGGAGCUCGUAAACAAGCAGCUGGAGGGGGUGGGAAGAUCGUUUCUUGCGGACGACGAAAGGCUGAAGGACAGGGUGAAUCUAUCUGAGGGGAUUCUCGGGACCCGGAGGAUAGAGAGAUAUGUGACAGAGGAGGUAUAUGGAAGCAUAUUUGAUCUUCUCAUAGUGAAGGCGACGGGGAUGGACGUGGAUUCUGGGUACCUCUAUAUCAUGGGGUUUUGCAGCGAGUUUCUUGUGCAUGAGGCCGGUAGCGAGGAGACGAUCCUUCGUUUGAAGGAGUAUGCAGCUGCUUUGCUGAGUAAGAAGGAAAACUGA